UCGCACCAUGCCCCGCUCCUUCCUGGUCAAGAAGAUCAAAGCAGACGCUUUUCAGCCCUGCGAGGUCCCGGCUCCCAGCUACCACCCCCUGGAAGCUGCUUAUGUGCUGGCCGGGUCCCGGGUGGGCAGCGGCCCCGGGGCCGAGAAUGGGUAUAGCCAACAUUGCCUCACGCCCUCCGACUAUGAGCCUGACAAGAAACAAGGGUUUCAGCUGGUGUCUUCAGACCCGGUCUACGCCCCGGCUCAUGAGGAGUACAGCGACCCCGAGAGUCCCCAGUCGAGCCUCUCUGCCCGCUACUUCAAUGGCGAAGCUGCAGUCACAGACAGCUACUCCAUGGACGCUUUCUUCAUCACUGACGGCCGCUCCAGGCAACGCAGCGAGAGCCAGCGGCGCGGGAGCCACCGCCACUCGUGUAACGAGUGCGGCAAGACCUACGCCACCUCCUCCAACCUCAGCCGGCACAAGCAGACUCACCGCAGCCUGGACAGCAAGAUGGCCAGGAAGUGCCCCACCUGCGGCAAGGCCUACGUCUCCAUGCCCGCCCUGGCCAUGCACAUCCUGACCCACAACCUCAAACACAAGUGUGACGUGUGCGGCAAGGCCUUCAGCCGGCCCUGGCUGCUGCAGGGCCACAUGCGCUCGCACACGGGCGAGAAACCCUUCGGCUGCUCCCACUGCGGCAAGGCCUUCGCCGACCGCUCCAACCUGCGCGCCCACAUGCAGACCCACUCGGCCUUCAAGCACUACAAGUGCAAGCAGUGCGAGAAGACCUUCGCCCUCAAGUCGUACCUCAACAAGCACUACGAGUCGGCCUGCUUCAAGGGCUCCGAACACAGCUGUGCAAUAGAGAACUGA